AAGAGCAGUGUUGUCAUGCAUUGGUGUUGCGAGGGAGCUGAUAGAGGGAAAAGUUUGUGAAGCCCCGGGGAUCUCCAACACCACCAUUUCCGCUCUGUUCACCUCUAAUAACCACUUCCCAAUGCCAAAAAAUAUAACUAAAACACAAUGCCAAACAAAUAUUAAAUUUUAAAAUAGCUUUCUUUUUCUUUUUUUCGUGUUUCUUUGCUUUGAAGUUGGUGUUCUGAAUCUUUGUCCAAAACCAGCAGGAAGGCAGCGAAGUCAAGCUUUAAAAACUGGAUUCGCUUUCGGAUAUGUGGAGGGGUCCUGGGACCCCUACUGAUUCAUUCUAUGAGGUCCGCCCCGAAUGCACUGAUGUUCCCAAGACAAAGUUUAGAAUCAAGGCUGGGAGAACCUUAAGUCCUCGGAAAUGGCAUGCUACAUUUAGUCCAGAAGGUUUUCUAGAUAUUGGCAAAACACUUAGCAGAAUUCAUCGUGGGGGAAUACAUCCAACGAUUAGAGGUGAAGUUUGGGAAUUUUUACUGGGUUGUUUUGAUCCGAAAAGCACAUAUGCAGAGCGAGAUCAGAUAAGGGAACGCAGAAGGGCACAGUAUAAUGUAUUGAAAGAAGAAUGCCACCAAAUCUUUUCCUUGAUAGGAAGUGGCAAAUUUGUAACUGCGCCUAUAAUCUCGGAGGAAGGAGAUCCUAUUCUAGAUCCUAUCGUACUUCAGCAAAUGGGGGAUGGCGAUGGAAACAAUCCAGAUAUGGUGAAGGAAACAGAUCAAAGAAUAAUUCAGUGGAAACUCACAUUGCACCAGAUAGGACUUGAUGUGGUCCGGACUGACAGAACACUUAUAUUUUAUGAGAAACAAGAGAAUCUAUCAAAACUUUGGGAUAUUCUUGCUGUUUAUGCCUGGUUCGAUAAAGAUGUUGGUUAUUGUCAAGGUAUGAGUGACCUUUGCUCUCCCAUGAUAAUUCUUCUUGACAAUGAAGGAGAUGCAUUUUGGUGCUUUCAACACUUAAUGCGCAGACUGCGAGGAAAUUUCAGAUGCACAGAUCAGUCUGUCGGAGUCGAAACACAACUUACUAAUCUGGCUUCAGUCACCCAAGUUAUUGAUCCUAAACUCCAUCAGCACUUAGAGACCUUGGGUGGAGGUGAUUAUCUCUUUGCUUUCAGAAUGCUUAUGGUUUUGUUCCGUCGAGAAUUUUCUUUUGGCGAUUCAUUAUAUCUAUGGGAGAUGAUGUGGGCUUUGGAGUAUGAUCCUAAUUUGUUUUUGUCGUAUGAAGACCCCGACUCGUCUACUGAAAUAUCUGAAGGGUCUAAAGCGGGAGGAAAGGCGAUUUACCAAUGCGGGAAAUAUGAGAGAGAAUACUUGAAAAAUGCUGGAAGAAGUAACGAACCUCCCCUCCCGAUAUCCGUUUUCCUUGUAGCCAAUGUGCUCAAAGAGAAAAGUCCCAAGUUGUUGGCAGAGGCUAGAGGGUUGGAUGAUGUUGUUAAGAUAUUAAACGAUGUAACGGGCAACAUAGAUGCCAGAAAGGCUUGCACUGGUGCCUUGAAGCUUCACAAGAAGUAUCUGAAGAAGGCUCAAGCUGCUAAGAAAGUGUGAAGGAGGAAGAAGAGUUGGAGGUCCAGAUUAGUUGAUUUUGGCAUUUCUGUGGCUUGAUUUGGUGAUGAUAGUAAUGUAUAUUCCAGCACUCAAUUGGAUACAUAAU